AUGUCACCUUGUAUUCCCUUAUUCUUUGUGAAGCUAGCAAUUUUUUUAUUAAGGGAGCAACGAAAGCUUCUGGAAAAGUGCGCCACGACUGCACUUAGCUCAAAGCUUGUUGCUGGUCAGAAAACAUUUUUUGCUAACCUCGUGGUCGAUGCGGUCAGUUUACUGGACUCAUCUUUGCCUCUCCGGAUGAUUGGAAUCAAGAAGGUACCUGGUGGCGCUUUAGAGGACACGAUGCUCGUUGCGGGGGUUGCAUUCAAAAAGACCUUUUGUUAUGCUGGAUUCGAAAUGCAGCCCAAAUCAUACACGAACCCCAAGAUCGCGCUUCUAAAUAUUGAACUUGAGCUAAAGGCAGAGAAGGAAAAUGCCGAGGUACGUGUCAACUCGGUCGAAGAAUACCAAAAGGUUGUGGAUGCUGAGUGGAAUGUUUUAUACGAAAAGUUAGAUAUUUUGCACAAAAGUGGUGUCGAUAUCGUCCUCUCAAGAUUGCCAAUUGGCGAUGUAGCUACCCAGUACUUUGCUGAUCGUGACAUGUUUUGCGCUGGAAGAGUGCAAGAAGAAGAUCUUAAGCGAACCCAGAUGGCUUGUGGGGGUUCAAUCCAGAGCACCGUCAAUGGCUUGGACAUUAGUGUACUUGGGAAUUGUGAGUCUUUUGAGGAAAUACAAAUAGGCUCAGAGCGGUACAACAUCUUCAAAGGUUGCCCUCAAGCAAAAACGUGCACCAUUAUUUUGCGAGGUGGCGCCUGUCAGUUUAUGGAAGAGACCGAACGUUCUCUUCAUGAUGCCAUAAUGAUAGUUCGUCGAGCAAUGAAAAAUGAUUCAGUUGUGGCAGGGGGAGGGGCUGUCGAAAUGGAACUGAGCAAAACGUUGCGGGAUCACGCGCGCUCUGUAUUCGGCAAGGAACAGUUGUUUAUCUCCGCCAUGGCCCAAGCAUUUGAGGUGAUACCACGCCAGCUUUGCGAAAACGCUGGCUUUGACUCAACCAAUAUUCUCAAUAAAUUGCGCCAGCAGCACGCUAUGGGUGAUAUUUGGGCAGGUGUGAAUAUUCAAGCCGAGGACAGCGCUAACAACUUCGAUCUUUGUAUUUGGGAGCCAGCUUUAGUCAAGGUUAAUGCUAUCACCGCUGCCACCGAAGCUGCAUGCCUUAUCCUCACCGUUGAUGAAACCAUUAGAGGGCCACAAUCUAAGGCUCCUGAUGACGACAGGCCAGUCAGAGGCGGCUAA